GCUGAGUUAAUUCACCAGGGUGCUUUUUCGUACAUCUAAGAUGGUACGUGAGCAAUACACCACAACUACAGAAGGCACCCAGAUAAAAAGGCCAGAUGAGCAGCAUGUCUAUAAGAUUGGCAUUUACGGCUGGAGGAAGCGUUGCCUCUACUUGUUUGUUCUUCUUCUACUCAUCAUCCUAGUUGUGAAUCUGGCUCUUACAAUUUGGAUUCUUAAAGUGAUGUGGUUUUCCCCAACAGGAAUGGGUCAUUUGCAUGUCACAGAAGAUGGACUUCGCCUGGAAGGGGAAUCAGAAUUUUUAUUCCCAUUGUAUGCCAAAGAAAUACACUCCAGACUGGACUCCUCUCUGCUUCUCCAGUCAACUCAGAAUGUGACUGUGAAUGCCCGCAACUCUGAAGGGGAGGUCACAGGCAGAUUAAAAGUGGGUCCUAAAAUGGUAGAUGUCCAGAGUCAGCAGUUUCAGAUCAACUCCAAGGAUGGCAAGCCACUAUUUACAGUGGAUGAAAAAGAAGUUGUCAUUGGUACAGAUAAACUUCGAGUAACUGGUCCUGAAGGGGCUCUCUUUGAACACUCGGUGGAGACACCACUUGUCCAAGCUGACCCAUUUCAAGAGCUUAGGUUGGAAUCCCCUACAAGGUGUCUGAGCAUGAAUGCCCCCAGGGGUGUUCAUAUUAAAGCACACGCUGGGAAAAUCGAGGCCCUCUCUCAAAUGGACAUCAAAUUCCAUAGUAGUGAUGGAACGAUCGCGCUGGACGCUGAAACUGUCUAUCUGCCCAAGUUGGUUCAGGGCACUGGAGGUCCCUCUGGCAACUUGCAAAGCCUCUAUGAAGUCUGUGUUUGUCCAGAUGGAAAACUUUACCUGUCUGAGGCUGGUGUGGGUACCACGUGCCAGGAAAACAGCCAUGUCUGUCUCUAA